UCUCAUCGAAUCUCAAACGUUUCGGAUGUGUUUUAUAAAAAAUCAGACAGUUUUUGAGUUACAAGUCAAAUCAACUUAAAAAUUUUGUUUAAGUGUUCACAAAACUGCCUGGACUAUUGUUGUCCUCUAAAAGGAGGAGAUCAAAAAUGGGAAUGAUAACGCGAGUGAGGGGCCGUGUUAGAGCAAAUUCCUUUGGAGUAGAUAAAGAAAAGAGAGCACAAAGUAUUUGUCUUUUAAGUGCAGUUCUUUUGUUGCCCUUUUGCCCUAGGGGGCCCCUUCCUUUAUUGCCCCCUCCGGCACCAGCACUCUAUUCGGCCCUGGUGCUUCCGGUAGUUUUAAGUGCAAACUACCGGUACCCCGUUUCCGCACUGAAGACCCUUGUCGAAGCUGCCAGAGAUUUUGUCAAAAAAGGAUGGAAGCCCCUGAUUCGAUUUUUGAAACGCCUCUAUGGACCAAUCGACAGAGCAGAAAAUCUCUUCCUAAAAAUGAAAAACCUAUCAUUGAUGAUGAAUCAGAUAGUAUUUUUUAUUCUGGCCGACAAAGUCCUCGUUCCUCAAGAAAAAAUGACUUGUUUAUACACUCUGAUGUUUUAUAACGUGAUUGCCUACUGCGUUAGUUACAUUAAAGAGCUGAUUGAAAAAGAGGAUUGGUCACCUUACGUUACUCUGACUGAAAGAUCACAAAUAAAACAUCUCGCAAUGUCUGCCACCAAAAUAGUUUUGGAAUGGACCAAAGCAGUCACUUUUGUUGUUACAAUCACAUUUAUGCUUCUCGUUUUUGGCCUGGAACAGGGGCUCGAAAAUUAUAAACCGUCGACUCUCUACACGAUCAUCACCUGGCUCUACUACUCAGCCACGGAAAAGGUCUUUGUCGAGAUGUUCCCAGGAAUCCUCGUCUUCCUGCAACUAGAAGUACUCGAGAACAUCGAGAAUCUGUAUGCUCCAGUUAUUCUUCAUUGCUUCACAAUAAUGAUGUCCUCUCUCUUCACCCUGAUUCUCCUCCCCACUGCACCCUGGAGAUUCCUCCUCGUCGUUAGCUAUCUAAACGUCUUCCUCAGGACCAAGGAACUUAUCCGAAAUUCCGGAUCUGUCCUCCAAAAAGAGAGGCAGAUUCUUAACAGGUACAGGAAAGCCACAAGCGAGGAGAUCGAAAGGUUCGACGACGUUUGUGCCGUUUGUCUUUUUGCGAUGAGCAAAGCUCGAGUCACUCCUUGUCAUCAUCUUUUUCAUGCCGAUUGUCUGAGACAGUGUCUCAAAACCAGCGACAAGUGUCCAAUGUGCAAACGAGAAUUAAAGUUUGAUUGAAGAAGGGCAGGCGAUUUUUUUAAGAGACUGAGAAAUUAAUGACAAUGACAAAAUUUUCAUAGUUCCCCGAGGGAUUGACUACUCAAACGAUUUCACUAACAUUCACAAUGAUUUCACGAAGA